AUGGAAACUCAAAAUGUGCAGAAAAAACAGUGUGAUAUGAAAACAGAUCUGAACUUACUGCUUGAAUGCCUCAAAUACCAGAUGGACUGCCCUGCAUCUCAGAAAGAGGCUUUGAUCACUAUUUAUUCAAUUUGUCAACAGAACAGUGAAGCAAGUGAAUAUUUUCGAGAAAUUGGUGGUUUGAUGUUUAUAAAUGAUCUUGCAAAGUCAAGUGUUCAUUGCAUAGUAAAGGAAGCGGCUUUAUUUACAUUAGGAGUUAUAAUAGAGAGUAAUGUUUAUUGUCAACAGACUUUGUGUACUUCUGCAUUGUUUGAAGACCUCAUUUUAUUUCUAAUUAAAAAGGAUUCUGGUGUGAACUUGAAAAGAAUGUCUGUUUAUGUCAUCUUAGUACUGGUUUCAAAUAACAAAAGUGGGCAAACCUAUGUCAGAGAUACAGGCUGUAUUGGUCUUCUGCUACAGUUAUUCAGAACAACUCUUUCCACAUCCAAGAUGAAUCUGUCAGAUGAAAAUACCAACCAGUGCUAUCAACUGUGGUCUUCAGUCUGCAGUACGCUCUGUGCCUGUGUUAACAAUCCUCAGAAUGAAGAUAAUCAAAACAUUUGCUGUUCAGUUUUUCCAUAUGCCAAAGAGUGGCUCGAAAGUUGCACGGAGCCUGAGAUAGUUCGUCCCAUUUGUUCAUUUGUUGGUCUCACAGUUGCAAAUAACUCAUACGUGCAGAAAUAUUUUGUUUCUGUUGGAGGAUUGGAUACAUUAGCUAAAGUCCUCAUCAAGCUUAUGCAUGAUUCCUGUACAAGUCACUCAAGCACAAAACUUGCGGUAGUAGUAACGAAGACCCUGGAUGCCUGCAUUGCUAAUGACUCUGCCAUGGGUGUGGUGUUGACAAAGUAUCACACUGUGUCGGAGCUACUGAAGCUGUUGUCCAAUGACACUCUGGAUACAGGAGAAAAAAUUAGUAUUAUUCUAACAAUUGGACACUGUACCGAAGUUUGUGAAGAAAACCAGUGUGAACUGCUCCAGAACAAUGGUCUUCCACUUAUGAUUCAGGUAUUAACCGAGUCUCAAGAUGAAGAACUAAACAAAGCAGCUACUUUUGUGCUGCAAAACUGCAAACAAAUGACUGAACAAUUGUCCCUGAAAAUAAAUGGUAAUUCAUUAAACGUGAACAAUGCUGAAGAGUUGGACGUGCAAGUCAGAAAAAGAAGUCUACAAGACUACUGGAAGAAAGCAAAAGAAAUUUUACACAGAAUAAAGUUGAUUGAAAAAGAACAUGAUGAGGGAAGAGCGCAAGGAAGAUUAAGUGUCCACAGCUCUUCAGAAGACAGUAUUGAAGCAUCAGAAUACCAUGAAGUGAAUCCUGCUGAUGGAAAAACUUAUACAGAAAGAACACAUAAAGUACAUUGUCCACACUUGACCUCUAAGUCAAAUGAUCAGGUUCUUGCUCCACCUGUAGAUUAUUCUCCACUGAAAAACGAAAUCGUGAACACUAUGGAUCCAGUAGAUGCUUGUACUAGACAAAGCGAUCAGAGUAAUAUUUCCUGUUCAGUUAAUGAGCUGCAAACAGAUGGUGCACUUCAAAGUUGCAGAAUAAAUGAAAAAACUGCUUGUGUAAAAAAUCUGCCUGUUCUUCAGGUAAGUGAACACUUAUUUAAACAACCAGCAGAGAUUGUUAAAAAUAUUAAACAGACACGCACAUCAGAUCAACAUUCAUUCUACUCAGAGAGAACCAGGGAAGAAAAAAGUACUUCAACUACAUCUGCAUCCCAUAAAAUGGCAGAUUUAAGGUGUAUAGGCUGUACAGCAGGAGGACUGUCCUUCAAUAGUAAAACCUUUACCAAGAUGUUGCAAAGUUGUCCAUACCAGUGUGAACGUCACAAAGUCAUUCUGGAAGCUGAAGAAAGAUAUAAAAAGGAACUUCGCAAAUCAGCUGUUUGUAACAAAAGUAGAUAUGCAACUUAUGAGAGUAUUCUUUUGACUCCAAUUAGAAAAAAUAAAUCUGAUACUUCAAAUAGAGAUGAACGUUGCAAAAAUACUAGGUUGACCGACGACUAUAACUUGGUACCUAUGUGUGAAAAGUCUUUCCAAAAAACCCAGGAUGCUAACUCAAAGAGGCAAAGAGUCAAAGAAAUGUGGAACCAGCAACGUCAGCGCUUAAAAGAAAAUUGCAUAUAUUCACUUGACAAAGAUGAGAACAAUGAAGUAUGUUCCCUGGACAUGAACACAAGAACUUUAAACAAGAGAAGAAGAACCCGAAAAAAUUUCACAACUGAAGAAAUUAACUGUCUUUUGAGUGGAGUAAAAAAAAUGGGUAAUCACUGGAAUUUAAUUUUGUGGUCUUAUCCAUUUCAGAAAGGACGGACAAGUGUUGAUCUUUCCAAGAAAUAUUACAGGUUACAGUUGCAAGUAAUCAUAAUUUAA